GUCAAUUGCGUUUGAGCGACCAUGUACAAAGCUUUCGGAGGCCACCCAUGCAUCCCAUUCAGAGCAUGCCGACUUCGCGUGAGGUGCAUCAGAGCCAACAGCUAUACGUACACGAAACCACCGGCCGACCGUGCAGAAGCAAAGCAUGAUGGCCCGACAUUCGAAGGCGAGGCCGCGGCUCCUCCGGAGCCAGACCCCUUCGACCACCUCAGAGGUCGCAAGUUGAAGACGCGCGACGGGCCUUGGAACGCGUCCAACAUGCACAUGCUCUACCGGGCUCUGUGUGACCAUCUGAACGUGUCACCCGGGAUGCCCAAGAGGGUCCUGCCCGGAUUCCAGCAAGUCUCGGGCAACGACGUCAUCCCCGAGGGCCUCCUCUGCGACGACGGGGCGGACGCGCGUUACUCCCCCGGGCCGGACUGGAGGUUCCGGCUCUGGGCCGGUGGGCAGAUGGCGUUCAACGUGCCGUGGACGAGGCUCGACGUGGGGGGUCCCGUGCUCCCCAACGAACUGGUGCUGGGCACCCGGACGAUCGGGGACCUCGACUCGGGCCACCCCAAGGUCAAGGUCACGAUAGGCAGGACCUACUUCUCGGACCUGCACGGCGGCAGCUUCCCGUCCGUCGUCGAGAAGAAGUACCUCUUCUUCAUGCGGAGCAUCCCGCCGUCGCUGCGGUCCGCGGACAUCCAGCGCAGGCUGCAGCCGCCCGCCCAUCCGUUCCACGCCGAGACGAUGGUGCCCUCGCCGGCCCUGCUCUUCCGGUUCAGCGCGCUCACCAUGAACGACCACAAGAUCCACCUCGACCCCGAAUACACGCGGCGGGUCUACGGGAUACCCAAGCUGCUGGUCCAGGGUCCGCUCACGGCCGUGCUGAUGCUGGAGGUCUUGAGGAAAGCCCUCGACAACUACAGGCGGCAACAGACCGGCCUGGGGGAACGUUCCUUUGUCGUCACCUUCUUCAACUACAAGAAUCUCAUGCCGCUCUUUGUCGACGAGAAAAUCACCAUCGCCUGCCGCAAGAACGACGGCCGGGGGCCCACAGGCUCCAGGGACAGUAACCCGACGGAGUCGUGGCGGGUCUGGAUUCAAAAAGGAGAAGGGGACAACGCUACCGUGGCAGUGAAGGGAGAGGCUAUUGUGUCAUUAGAUUGAGGAACGUGACGCCUGAAAAGUGAACGAGACAUAUGUUAAUGCUCGGCCGAUGAAGGUUUUCUUAUUGCACUGAGAUUACGCCCAGGCUACAUCCUGAUGUGGUGGCAUCUCAAAUGCAUGUCUUGGUCAUUGUCCACUUAGCGACAUGAGACAAGCCUCCACUGCGUCUUCAUCCCAAGACUUGACUUCUCUCUAUCAAGAUCAUGCGCUGAUUCCCUCGGUUCAACUUGUCUUCUCUCCGACAACAAUCAUGUCAUGACUUUAAAAGGACGUCUGGGAUGAUCAAAGCGCUUGCAAUCUUCCAAUAAUAUCUUGAAAGUACUCCAUCCAAUCACGGGUCCUUGCAGCUGUGGCACCAGCUUCCAGACUCUUCGAGUUUCACGCCACAAUACUCUGGAGCAAACUGGAAUGCGUCGCUCGGCGAGAACGGCCUUUCGACUUCAGCAACCGAACCAGCUCCUAUUCUCUGGUUGCAUCAGGUCAACUGUGAUUCCAGAUGCCUCCAAGAUAUCCAGGCGCUGCUGGGCUAUUCGGGCCUUUUCGUUGGGGUCCUUUGCUUUGAGCAAGCGAGGAAACAGAGCACAACACUCGGCGGAUUCCUUGGCUGUAGCUUGCAAGCCUCUGGUGGCAUAUUCUCUGAGAACUGCAAGCUUGGUUUGAAAAGAUGCCUUGUCAAGAGCCACUAGGCCGCUGAGGGUGAGAUUGUUCUCCGCCAGCCAAGUUCGCAGUAAUCUGUGCAUCCUCAAAGCGCCGAAUUGCACUCUUUCGAAAUACAUAGAGUUUUGCUCGUCGACAGAACCGAUUGUCUCGUCAUGAGUCCCGAAGGGGUUCUUGGAGAUGACAUUGCUCACUCGCUCUGCAAGGUACUUGUUGACUGGUAUGAUGUUGUCGCUGUGGCCAUAUUGUCGACUUGCUAGGUCGAUCACAAAGCCUUCACCAUCUCCCUUCAGAGCAGUGACAAAUACGCUGUGGCUGAAGACUCUUUCAUCGCUGAAGUCACCCCCUGCAGGUGAUCCGCCCGUCACGAACCAAAAUUGACUGCCGACAAUUGCAUACUCGCUUCGACCCCGGUGCCGAUUGUAGCACUUCACACUCAAUCUUCGUUCUUUCACUCGGUAAUUCACUUCCGUGGUUUCCGAAGAGAUUGCUGAUGAUUUUCAGCCAAGUUUCGAUGCAUUUGAGAAAAAGUCACCACUUACCAGAGAAAAGCUCUUGGACCAGUUUCCUCAUGUGGAAUAGGGCAUCGCUACAAGCUCCGUAAUCCAGAACCGCUUGCUUGACCUUGUCGUCUUGGAAUAGGUGAUGCGGAAAUGGAGGUGCUGUGCCAUUGCAUGUCUCCCAGAAGGUGAUGGUGUCACCAUCGACCUCGACUCGGUCAAUGGUGGUUGGGAAUGUUUCGGUGCGCAGAACGGUCCAAAGCGCCUGAAGCAGAUCUCCACCCUGGUACAUGGUUUGGUGUCUUCUGGCUCUCUCACAGGUGGCUUUGUGAGUUGUCCAAUGUGCCUGCUGGCACUCCUUGGAACAGUAAUACGUCUUGUCGGCUCCUUGGAGGAAUUCGUUGGCGGACCUACAUCCUGCGCAUGUCUUGCUGGUCGAAGCACCGCAUUGCGCACAGCUGCUGCCGCUGCUACUGCCACUAGGCGCAGCAGCAGUCGAAUCUUCGGUGGCUUCCAUUCUGGACUGGAGAUUCAAUCAGAUUCUCAUCAUUCCAACAGAGAGAAGUUGGAGCUUAUCUGACUUGAGAGUAUGGAGAUUUGUUUCCGCCUGGUCUUUGAAGGACGCAGCUCGCUUUGAGUUUUGUUCACGCGGAGUGGUACUGCCUAUCUGUGAUCUAGGCCCGGCUGGAAAACGAGAGACGAGUGUGAUAAAGGGAAACCAUGGAGGGUGUGAGUGUGGUGGAGGGUAGCAGUGGAAGUGAGUGUGAGAGAUGGGAUGAGGAGGUAAGAGCCAAAGAUGGGAAGCAAGAGGCAAUCGGGAAGGCGGUAAAGAGACGAAGGAAAAUACAAGUGAAGUCGGAAGAAAGUGAAAGGCCUCAGUGAACACAAAAAACAUUGAGACAUCAAAAAGUCGUCACCCCAAGGAUGGCUAUCUAAGGACCUUCUCGUCCUCUUCACUCCCACCUCGCUGCCAUAAUGGGCUUCUUCCACUGUCAACUCCAUCCUGCUCAAAACGACACUACUGUAUCUCUACGAAUGGAUAUACAAGUGUACAACAGUUCGGCCUCGGAGCGCAUCGUCAGCUUGUGCCUCAAUCCCAUCGGCGACUCUUUGCCAGGUGUUGUGGUCCUACAUGAGCGCGUCGACACUUGACUCCCUUGAGUCUAUUUCUCGACAAGACAAAACCACAUGUGAACUACACUCAUCAUCAUGGAUGAAGUACUAGAAGCAUCCGCAGACUGGAAGUGAACUAUCGCUCAUCACGUUCGAUGUUUUAUUGAUAGAUUUUCUCGUUUUUCCAUUUCCUUUUUUUCCUCGCUCCUUCUAUAUAUGCAACCUUUGCCCGAUGGGAUGACCGACCUAUAGAUACCUAAAAG